UAUUAAUAUAUAGUUGAAAUUUAACUGUUUCGCUAUUUAUAACUUGUGGUAGUGCUUUAUUUCCGCAAUAAAACUCCAGCUUUAGUUAUAAUAAAAAUGAGAUCAAUCACCUGAAAGUGGUUUUCAAAACAAACACUAUUAUUGGAGGUUAUGUUGAUUGUCUCGUGAUGUAAUCUUUUUGAGUGUUUUUUACGCAAAUAUUUGUUUAUUGAUAUUAAAGUCGCGGAGUAGUUGUUGUUAAUAAUAAACAAAUGUAAUUUAUGUAACGACGUCCCCUGGCAUGUAUCUAAUUGCAUCUGUUUAUGUUUUCAAUGACUGGAUAAAUUAAUACUGUAAUCAUUUAUUGUUUUCCUCUGGUGGAUUCUGCAUAACACGUGUGUUUGUUUGUUGUCCUUCAGUAGUCGUUGUGUUCCAGUGAUGUGAGUUUUUCGAAAAAGUAUGGAACUUGAUUCCCAAAGUCUGGAUUCUGAUGAAGGAGUUGAACUAUCAGUCAAGGAGCAUGAAGACCUUUACCCUGGUGAUUUUCUUUACUCGGAAGAAACGGAAUCGACGGUACUAGAGGCCAAAGCUGUGUAUUUAUUGUUGCCAAAAGAUGUUCCCGUUUCGAGAGCCUCGAGAUUGCAGUGGCUUUUAGAUCACUUAAACACGGUUAUAACCGUGCCCGUGCUCCAAAAAUGGAACGUCUCAUCGAAUGAUAUUGAAAUCGUAUCAGCAAUAGCCCGAGAACAGCAAAUAUCAAAAUGCAAUCGCUAUUUAGUAACUUGUCGAACGGAGGUGAUUUUUCUCGCCCACAGCUACCGAUUUGUGUAUUGCCUGGACAUGAGUCCCUCGCAGUGCAUUGUCGAUAUCCAGAAGGGCGAGAUUCUCUUCGACGAGAUACUUAAUUCGUUCAAAACUAGUGUGGAAGGUUUAACUAGACAGUUCACAAUUCCUGGCAAUUCCCUUGUUUUCCAGCCAAGUCUCUAUCUCACCGUUAUGGUGAACACCCCGUUUUUUAUGAGUCCAGCGCAACAAGUUCUAGUCAAAGGCGUCCAAAUAACUUCAACUAAUCUGCACGAAAUUGUCGCGUUCGUUCAAAGCCAGUUUCACGUGCUUGAAGGGAAAAUCGCCGAUGUUACGGCAAUGGUUCACGACCAGAACGAACGACAAAAAACCCAGAACGAACGAAUCGUCGGUAGCUUAUUUGAUCUCCCGGAAAACGAAAAAAACACUAAAGUACCGAUGGUCUCCCCCGAUGCCAAUUUUGUAAACAUGCUACGAUAUUCGAUGUUGGCUGUAUCUCUCCUUCCUGAAAAUAGCAUAAGUCAUAUUCUAGUCAUAACUGAUGGAGUUGUCGCAAUGCCCGACUCCAACAUAAUGGAAACUCUUCUCUUUCAGUUGCAUUACGACAGCAUCGCUGUCUCGUUCAUUAAAGUCGGGUCGUCAUUUCACCCGCAUUCUAGCGCCGGGUAUAUCUCUUACACCGACUUGCUUAAUUUUUUUUCGCACAGUACUAUGGGUACCUGUUUGGAGACGUCCCCCGAUAUUAAGCACGAGCCGUCCAUGCCUAUGAACAUUUACCACGAGCUGUUUCUACUGUGGUCGUUCCACAGCGCCGUCAGAUGUGACUACCGCAAAGGUCACGAUUUGGCAAAGUGGAGGUCUCCAAAUGAUAAUUUUUAUAGUCACAAAACUCCAAAUUUGCUUUCAAAGCGACAGACUGAUGAUACUACUAGUGCUUCCAUUUUACUGUUACUGUCGCGCCGAAUGCGCGAAGGUUUCGCUGUUGAAAAUAUUAACUACCUUAAUGGCAUGAUUGAAGUCCAGUUAGGUUUGCAAUGGAAAUCGCUGAUUUACAUAAUAUACAAACUGUCGUCGCAAUGGCCGGUGGUUAAAAACAACACCCAUUUGGAAAUAUUCAUUUUAGCGCCUUACGAAUUCCUGCACGAUAUCACUUGCCUCAUAAAAAAAGACUCGAAGUCGCUGUACCGCCAAGCGAUAAUUGAGCGCUUCUGGAUGCGUUUGUCGCAAUUGUCGUCGGCCGAUUUAAAUUUUGCUCAACAGUUAACCAAUUUUCAAAAUUCGAAUGUGUGGUACACGUUACCCGAAAGCGUGCGGAGUGGAAUUCCUGUUUUUAAUUUAAAUUCACCUUGCCCUGAUUCCAAUAGUCUACUUUUGUCGCCGAGCAGUACCACGUGUCCGAAGUUCGUGAACUCGUGGCAAGGUAUUUGCCAAAUGGAGGCGAGCAAUUGGAGGAAGUGGUUCCAUACGCAUAAAGUCUCGCUUAUUUUGAAACAUGACAAUCCGCUGCCCAAACACCUGCACUUGCCCAACUCUUCCCAGCGAUACCAAGUGGUCCAAUGUCGUCAGGCGGCCACAGCGCUCUACGGCAAGCUCUCCGAGUGGGCUUCCUUCGUCUUAAUCGACAAUCACACGUAUUUAAAACACUUGUACAAAGACGAGACGAAACCCCCGGAAGCCAACAAGCCUCCAUCGUGGUUCUGCAUAGUCCGGAUCAGUUCAAAACUUCCUUGCGCCGUUCUCAACAUCGGAUUCGUGACAAGCACUCCCGGACACAUCCGCCACAACACGUGCGAGGCCUUAAAGAAAGAACUCGCGGCUCUCUCCUACAUGCCAAGCCCCGCAAAAUCAAAAGAGAACGUUUGCUGCGUUCUGUUGCAAAAACCUUUGGAAAAAAUCUUGAUCCGAUACGAGCGUCUUCCCAAUGAUUUCAGCACCGUGAUAUUCCCUGACGGGACGCAGCCGCCCAACACCACCAUGGCGGUGCCCGGCCCCCUCACGGGGUCUCUCUUCACGACACUGUCGCGGUAUCUCUACCACAAAAGGUGGAUUUGGAGUGCGUCCCAUAGUUCGAAUCCGAGGCUUUUAGACAACGCUAUUUCGCGGAUUUUGACCACUUUGACCCGAAUGAGGAUCAAAGAGGGGUUCAGUUUCGCGCACUCCUCAUCUGGGAUUAUCACGAUGGUGUUGGAGCUGUGGAUGGAACCGAGCGCGAGUUGCGUGGUGCAAUAUGUGCUCUUCCCGCCACAUCGCGCCUGGUGGGGGGAGGAGGUGUAUAGUGGGUCCGAAGAAGAGGAUUUUGAGACUGAAUACGAAUCCGAGCUUCAGAUGGUUACUGAGGUUUGGAUCGAGCCGCAACAUGGACGAGUACAAACAAGCAAUAAUUCGAGAAUUAGUUAUAUGAAUAAUAAAUAUUAUUACGAGUUAGCUGAUGUGAUAAGUCAAAUUGAUUUGCAAUGUAUCAAUUCAUUGCUGACUAUGGAACAUUUAAGUCUGAUGUGUCAAGAGAAAAACCGAUCGUUUAGUGUUGACACGAAUAUUACCUUCAGUCGGCAAAAUAGUACAACGAUUAAAAAUAUCCUGCGGAAGAAUAGUAAAUGUAAUCUCAUCGAGUCGCCCAAUUUUGCGGACGAGUCGACUUGGUACCCGAUUACAAGCCCGCGCAUCGAACACAUUCCGUUUAAAUUCGACCCGAUUAACAUUUUGCCCCUUUGCCACCAAACCGAGUUACUGUUUUCGAUGUUUAUCGAACGUAAGGACAAGAGUUUGCGAGGAUACGAGUCCGACAAGUCGAACAAGCUCCUCCUGGACAACAUCCAGGAACAUUUGACUUCGCUCCACGACCAGGAAAUUUUCCUAACUCGCGAGGAUUCGGACAAAUUCACGCGACAAAUAGUAACACGCCAUAAAAACCUCUACCCGUACCAUUGCCCCAUAUCUGAGUACCGGGGUGUCGGCAACCUGGACGAGUUCCCCGCCUCGCAGUGGCGCUGCUUUAUUAAGGGAAUUUCCAUAACGCACGUUAUCCUCACUUUUAUCCCCUCGAACUUGUCGGAUCUUAAGGCUUUAGUACACAGUGAUUCAACGAACAUUCCAAGCUUGAGCGAGAGCAGGGAGAGUGUGGACAGGACGUCCUCACGCGGUAGUAAUUUUAGCGAUGUUCCAAUCAACGUUACAAACUCAUUGACUCUGCCUAUCUACGUUUACGAUUGUCCCCUUGCGUUGCUGGUCAACGCGUACGUGCAAAACCCGGAAGAGACCAAAGGUCCGAGGGACGUGUAUGAAGACCACCGUUUCAAAAGCACCGACUUUAUCCAGGACGAGUAUUUGAAGUUGAAAACGGACGAAUGUGAGAAUAAAUCGGAUGACAAUUACGACAUUCCGGAUGAUAAAGACCGGAGUAGUUUGCGGCAUCAUUGCAAGACGCUUGUUUUGGUCCACACAAAAUGUUUCACCAACUCGCUUUUUAUGGCCUUACAUCGCGAUAUUUACGUCCACUGUACCGACGUACAAUCGGCCGUGGACCAGUGUGAGGAAUGUAUAACUGAGAUUGACAUCACGGAUUAUAUUCUAACAAUUUGUGGCCACAUUAAGCAAACAAGCGAUGACAACAUCCAAGUGCAGGAGCUGCGCCAAGCCACGGCUUGUAACGAACUCAAAUCGCUCCAUAGUCUGAUCAAAGAGAAGUUUUUCAAAAUGGUCAAUGUGGCGUUCAUUCCCAUACCAACGAACCCCGAGUACUACUUCUGCCGCUAUUACACGUCGACCAAGCCCGAUAACAAAAUCAUCAACAAUAACAACAUCAGUGAUGAGGAAAUUUCAAACCCGCCGUCGGAGCGCGAUUUCAGUGUCUAUUCUGACGGUUUCAACAUCGUGAGGCUCGAGAACGGGAUUGGGGACGUGAUCACCAGUGAUAUAUGUCCCCUGUUCUUACAUAUCGUGUGUACGUUGAGGUACAAUGGACACGUGUCCAAUACCCCACUGAGGGUUUUACCAACGUGUCUCGGUGAGUUGACUGAAAAUAUUGACGCGGCCAAUGUCAUUGAUAAGAAGAAAGUCCAAGUCACGUUAGACAUCUUCUGUCUGACUUUACCAACCGAAGUCCAAAAUGUCAUAACUGAGUAUUCGGCCCAAGGGCUUCGCACUACGUCUUUCUCGUCUGAUGGUUUCCAGCCGAGCAUUGCAAGCUCGACUUCCGAGACUAGUGUAGUCGGGGAAAUUCCUGAACCGUUGAUGAGCCUUCCGGAAAACCAAAGAAACUCGAUUGUGGUCCUCCGAGAUGAAAUUAAGUGGCUUUUAAAGGACGAAAUUGCGACUGCACUUCUCGAUGUCGAUUCAGUGUCCCUCGGGACUUUGGAAUAUGUCAUGAGACAUGUAGCUGAUAGUAAAUCGCGGUCUUCGUGCAUUAUGGAUGUCAUAAGUCUAAAUUUCGUCUUUGGUUCAAACCAAAGCCAUAGCAAGUUUGUGGAAGAGUUUGCCAGGAUGAAAAUCCCGAAUUAUAAAUUAGUGCAGGAAGGCGAGCUUUAUUAUCUGGCCAAAGAUACGAAUUUUGAACCCGUGAAACAGAAUGGCGAUGGGUUUGACUUAACCCGCCCUCAGAUGAGGUACACUGAGACCAUAAUUGACGUAGGUGAUGUAAUUUACUCGAAAGACUUCGACGAGAUUGCGUCCCAACCCAGUGACAUGUCCAGUGUUAGUGGCAGUGUCUUAGGGACCGAUGGCACAGGGUAUGACGAAGACGUGAGCAACGACGAUGACGAUUACGAGUGGCUCCACCAUUUGAACAUGAAGCGAACCAACUUGCCCAAUUUUUGGCUUGUCACAAAAGUCGAACAAGAGACAGUCACGAUUUACUUCCAUUGCAGAUUUCUCGAGUUAGCCGCGACUCAAGUUCUGAAUUAUUUGGAAGUCCAGCGAAUGCUCAGCGAUGAGAUUCGCGAGUUGUGCAAAAAAGUCAACCAAUCGUUGCUUUUACAGUCUUUGUACGAGACCCGGAUUUGCGAUUCGUUGCUCGAACCUGACGACAACCCCAAGGACUGGCCUGCAAGCAUUUGUUCGUCGCCGAUUUCGCGCAAUUCGUCCUAUCACCGGCUAAGGAGCAUGGAUGAGACUAGCGACGAGUCCGAGAUCAUGACGUCCUCAGUAACGCUCUCUGAGGCCUCUCUGAACUUCAAGCCGGGCUAUUUCAAGUGUCCGGUGGUGUGGAAGACGCAUUUCGUCCUCCACCCACGCCUGAAGACCGGUCCUGGAAAAUCGGGCCUUUCGCGUGGUAUCCUAGCCUUGAAGAACAUCCUUGAAAAAUUUUCAGUAUCGAACCGCACCAACAUGUUCGUCUAUCGUGACGAUCGAAACAACGUUUUCUACUUGCGUCUCCACGAGAAUGUGCAAAAUUCCAGCGCGAAAAACGCACCUCUCAGGCCACUAGAAUACGAAAACGCGAUUGUUUCAAGGAGUCCCUCGAUCGCAUCGCUGCCUUUAGGACAAACCAAAAGCCAGCUACAGUACGAGCAAAGUCUGACCUCGGUUUUAUCGGAUGAUAUAAGGCCCAGAGUUCGCUCUUUUGGCGAGAAGGAGAGCAAGGACGGGCCGAAUGAAGAUACGCUUAUUUUGAAAGUACACGGAAUUACAGAGGCCGGGAAUGACGUACAGUGUGAGCUGGUUCAGGUUUUACAAAAUCGGUUAGAUGAUGCGGUUUUGGAAUUUCUGUCCGUUAUGCUGGCACGAAAUUCCAUGUGUCCGCUCACGCCAGAAGACGUGCAAUUUAUUCAGAAACCGUUCAGAUUACCCGAAGUUGUGAUAAAACUAAGUAUGCAAGACUUUGUGUUGCAGUGGAUGGACUCGUUCAUACACUAUUUGAAGCAGAAUCUGUUGCAGUUUUUAAACAUGCCCAAAUAUACUGACAACAGGUCACACUAUCACUUUAAAGAUUACUCGGAGGCCGAUCAAGCCGUUAACCGUAAUAACGACGAUAGUAUUUUCAUAUACAACCAAAGCCAAAACCCCUCGUGUGGCAACAGAGGUAUAGCUUGCAUAGCGUUAGGUGUUGUCUACAAUUCUGAAAUCAAACCGUCUGACAUAACCCAGGAAAAAUUUGAGGAAAUCUUCGACAGUAAAUCAUUCCAGACCAUGGUUUCAUCAAAAAUAAUCGGCGAUGACGCUGAGCUGCCCCCAGUGCACCUAGAGUUCCGCCUCUGGAAGCAGGGCCGCGUAAACAUCGACAACUUGGCAAUAAAACUCCGCGAAGCAAUCAGUCAAGCAACGUGGGACCUGGUGAUGGAGUACCUCAUCCUCACAGCCCCCCUUUGCGAAGACGCCAAAACGCAAAUAACCCCCCACUUACCCCCAAUCCAUAUCAACUCAAGCAAUCUAAACCUAAGCAAAGAAAUCGAAUUCAACUGCCUACUCGACGUCGGCAACCGCCAAAACAUCAAAGUCGCCAGUCGGCGAAAACUCGAAACGGUGUUCUCGCACCGGAAGCGCGUCCGCCGCGUGAACCCCCCGACCAGCAAAGCCACCCGUUCCAUAACUUUCGACGACUACGAGCGCGACAAGGAAAUGUACCUCGCGAAAAUGCCCGUUAAACCCCUAACCAAGCUCAACGCGUUCGAAACGGGCGACGAGGGCGCCUUGUGCAAGAACUACUCGAAGUUCCUGCCCGGCUGGCUCGAGUUCGGGGCCAGUCUCAUGGCCCCGUCCGUCCGCAAACAGAAAAUUAACCUCACGAAUGCGCACCUCCCCGGGACCACGAUCAAAGAGUUGCUUAAUUUCGUCCAAGACGUGCCGAAAGCCUUCCGGGUGAUUCCCUCGCACCCUCUGUGUGAGGGACACGACGAGGUUUUUGUCCCCCACGACCCUAAAACCUUCCUCGAUAAGUGCGUGAUUAUCUCGCGGAAUUUCGACAACUGGAAGGCGUCGACUGCCUUCAGAGGCACGCUGGACUACCCCGACUUCAUGGGGCCCCACGCCCUCAAGCACACACAAAAGUUCGUGCCAGCAGUCAUCAACAAUAAAUUCGUGCCGAGGCAGAAAAUUUUAUGGAUCCUGAUCCAGUGCGAUUCGAUUCUGAUAUAUACCUACAAUUGGGCGCGGGACAAUAUCGAAAAGUUGGUCUCAAAUUGCUCGAAACUGGGCCAGUGGUUGAGCAUGCGUUCCUGCUUCCUGAACUCGGUUUCGGCCCAAAAGCUGGGCCUCUUCCACAACCAAGCCCUGGUCCAGAAGGGUUUUUCGACUUCUAACAACCCGUACACUUGCAUGAUCGGCUCGACGCCGUCAAUGGUCGAGUUCCCGCGUGACGACAACCGCAAGAGCCUGACCAACACUCCGAACUUGUCGCACGUUUUGGACGCGUUCAGGGACUCCUUCCACACGCUAAAAUACAACGCCAAUGACCCAGUCGGUGUGUUCUCAAUGGAAAUGCAAGAGAUGAAACACGCGGAGAAGAAAUCCCGCGACGAGAUGAAAAUCCUCCACUCGAUGUACCAGUCAAGGACCAGCACGACCACAGUCCCGCAGAUUUUCCUCCUGAUGCAAAACUCGCGGAUUAUCCAUUACUGUCACACCCCCUUGUUGUUUCUGCCCGAGUGGAGGCUCAAGUCGGCGGCGACCCGAGACCAUUCCUUGUGUUCGCCCACUCACAGGACGCAGAAAAAUGCGCUGGAGAGGGAUUCGUGGCACACCGAACUGUGUUACGGGUUUUUCUGCGAGUAUCGACGCUAUUUACAAACUCUGGGUUUCAUGCCCUUGCAAAUUGAUAAUUCUGAUAAGAAACAAGGGAUUUGGGCAAGGGAUAAUUCGUCCUAUAAUUUUGUUUUUUACAUUCAGAAAACUAUAAUGGGCGGGAUUUUGAUCUUCACGGUCGAGUUUAAUGAGCCGUUUUUUACGACAAGACUGCAUGCGAUUGAGUGUAAUAGGCUGCAGACGAUUACGUCACGAGCUUCAAUUAAUCGGUUUACGUUGUGUUUUUUGGACGAGUGUGACCGGGUUAAAAUAUUGAUGCAUUUACAUUCCUUCACUUACGACUACCACCUCAGGUGUAUUUAUAAUUACAUAUCAAACAAUUCAGGUGUUAACAAAGUCUGCGAUAGAUACAAUGCUACGAAAUUUUUCGAUGAUUUUAUGAAAUACUACACCAAAGCACCUAAUUUUGCUCGUAAUUUAAUACACGCUGACACAAUCACAAUAACAAAUUUAGUGACCGAAGGCAAACAACUCUACGAUUAUCUCCUAACGAACGUCAAUCAAUACAACUUUAAGGUCCUGGACAUGGAUAAAGGGGACGGAGAAAUCGAAUACAUUUUGGUCCAAGUAACUAGCAAUCCGCAAGUGUCUUACAAAGAUUCCCACGAUCGGGAACACACCGACGAGUUUGAGAUUACUUUGGUUGUUUAUAAUUUAUGCGCGCCUUACAGCCCCACCGACAACGUCCUCCACCUCAAAUACUACCUCAUUCUGACCUCCAAACGAGAAAUUUACCCGAAGUCGGAAGUGGAGCCAAAGCUCGGCAAGUUCCGGACCGUCUCCUCCACGGCACGGAGCCUUUCCGCGCUUGAGAAAAACCUGAGUGAUUUGGAAACGAGCACUUCGAAGCACGAGGACGACAAUUACGAGUUGUCGAGCUCCGACGAGCACAUUAUUUUCAACUCAGAGAGCGACAAAUCCGACGACCAGCCCAUCCACCAGCCCAGCACCCCGCAAGUGGAAAUAUCCCCCGAGUCGGUCAAUUAUCUCGGCUACUACUCCUCGCAUGAGCAGCUCAUGCAGCAGAUGAUCCUGGACAAAGCCAACACCACGCAGAAACACAUCAAGGAGAUGGUGGCCAAAGGCAUGGUCCACUGUCGAACGCACCUCCUCUGGAACAAGCUGGUGGCCCCGCAAGACGCCAAUUCCCUAACCUACGACGAAUUCAUGGAGUUGAAGAGUUUGGCCAAAUUGGAGCACUUGUGUGACGUGCACCCCAACUUGGGGCCGCUGCUCAACCAGCCUCUGAGCUGGUAUCAGGGCUUGGCGAAGCUGCUUUUGGCGAAGUACAACGAGCAGAAUCGGACGUUUGCCUCGCUGGAUGGCAAUAUACAACAUUACGUGAUUCUGCAUCCGAGGUAUUUCGGGGCGUUUAUGCUGCUUUCCAUCGACUUGCAGACCUCACGAGGGGAUUUGUACGCCGUGUACCGGGAGCCCCACAAGCAGGAGGACGCCGAGCUUUGCUUGGCCUACAGGAAGAACCUGCUCGACGGGUUCGUUAAUUACAUUUGCUUCUAUUUGUGGAAUGGAAUGAUAUAGUUGACGGGUAUUUUGUACAAUUUCCAUACUUUUAUUUGUGAUAUUUUAAUGAAAUUAUUUUUAUAUGUUGGCUAAGUUUUUGUUAAUGUUUUCAUUGUUUAAUUUUGUACUGUUACUUUAAAUUAGUUUUAACCGCUCAGUAUACUGUGAUAAUAAUUGUACAAGUUCAUUUAAGCAGUGCCUCAAUUUCGACGAAUUGGUGUCUCUUAAGUCUUGCCAUUGUUUUGUUUCGCGUUCACGUAUACUGUCAAUUUCAAGUAAAAUGUAUUCAUACACAUGUGCCAUGUUUGUAAUAUUUGGUAAAAAAUAAAGUAUAUUCGUAA